UUGCUCUCAAUGACAUUUCAACAUGGCGUCGCUCUGUAAGGUGAUCUACAACGUGAGCGCCAGAUCGUCUUUACUCCCAAAACACUGUGUUUUUACCACACUCAGAUCAUUAUACAGCUCUGAUGCGAGCGGACCUACUGGAGGAGAUGCCGGUGCGGAUGAUAAAUCAUCUGAGAAAGUUAAGAGCGGAUUUGCAGCCGCGUAUGAGCUGCAUUCAGACAUGCAACAACAGCAGCAGAGGGGCGAUCAGGGCGCAGCGGUUCGGCUCAGCUCCAGGGACGAGACCUCUUUCGUGUCACUCUUACGACACUCCCCGCUCAUGCAGAUGGGACCGGCCAAAGACAAGGUGGUAAUCGGCAAAAUCUUUCAUAUCGUUAAUGACGAUCUGUACAUAGAUUUCGGUGGGAAGUUCCACUGUGUGUGCAAGAGGCCGUCCACGGAUGAGCAGAAGUAUCAGAGGGGCAGCAGGGUCAGACUGAGGCUGGAGGAUCUGGAGUUGACCUCACGGUUCUUGGGAGCGAGUACCGACACGACGUUACUGGAGGCGGACGCCACUUUACUGGGACUGUUGGAGAGCAAAGAGGCCAAGGCGAAAGAGUAGCUGCCUUAGAGGCCACUCGGAUUGAAUUGUGUGAAUGGACUUUAUAUUGUGCUGCAUGACAAAUUAAAAUCAUUACACCGUCUCAGAAUUUUAUUCUUGUUAUUAAUAUUGCCUGGCAUCUUAUUUGCAACAAUCAAACUGUAUUAUGUAUAUUGGCAUCUACCAUUAAAAAUCCAAUUGGUUAA